GCUGGCUAGGAAGGAGCGGAAGUCAAUGGGAGCCCUUGUUGUGUGUGCUGACAGCUCGCUAGAGCGCGUGGGGUUGCAUGGUAACCUUGUUUAGGAUUGGAGAACGCGACCGGGGUGGGGGGUGAGAAGGUGGUCGAGGGCUGGAGGGAUACAAGACAGGGCUCUUUGGGCACUGGCAAUGGCUUAGCGCGGGUUGUGGAACAUUUCAGGGCGAGAGAUGCCAAUGGGCGGCGAGUGGCCUCGUUCGAGUCCGGUGAUCCCAAGCGGCAGUGUUUUCAAGGAAUCAAGCAUGUCCACUGGAAAACAAAUAGGUGAAAUACUCUUUCCAGAAGAGUGACUGUUCUGUGACUAUUAAAAAUAAUCUACCAUGAAAAUACUGUGACUUCAACUUACUUUUAUAUCUUUGGCCUGAUCAGAAAUGUUUUUCACUUUUUCAAGAAAAAAUGUGUCCCAGAAAUUAAGUUUAUUGCUACUGGUUUUUGGUUUUAUCUGGGGCAUAAUGUUACUGCGCUAUACCUUUCAACAUCCAAGGCAACAGAGCAGUGCUGAGCUGCGUGAACAAAUCCUGGACUUAAGUAAAAGAUACGUCAGAGCACUAGCAGAAGAAAACAAGAAUAUAAUCAAUGGUGGUAAUGGAGCUGCAAUGGCAGGAUAUGCUGAUCUCAAAAGAACAAUUGCAGUUCUUCUAGAUGACAUCUUGCAGCGCUUGGGCAAAUUGGAAAACAAGGUUGACUACAUCGUUGUAAAUGGUUCAACAACAAAUACAACAAAUGGAAACUUGAUGCCAGCAACUACAAGCAAACGGGUAAAUGCAGCAAGCAACAUAAGAUAGCAUAUAAAAUCACUGUGUGCCAUUUGUUUAAUUCUGUUCAGAAUUCACUUUGUGCAGCUGUAUUGGCCAUAGAUUUAGUUCUGUUCCAGAAUCACUGUGUCCAGCUCUAUUUGCCAUAGAUUUAGUGCCGUUCCAGUGAGGAAAAACAACACUUGGAUCGUGAAAGUCUGCGUCCUGUUUCAACAGGGAAUAUUGAAUAAAAUUCUAACUUUUUUAUACAACUCUAGAAAUCUUAUGUUGGGUAAGAUAGGUGUCAUAAAGCAAUGCUGUACAAUAUCUUAUUUAAAGGAAUGCUGGUAACAUAGCUAGCAUAAUAAGAUAAGUGGAUAAUGUGUAAAUUGUUUGAGAUUUUAUGAACAGAUUAUGGAGAAGGAUGUAGAUUUAAUAUCUAAAAUUUAUUUAAAUAUAAACCUAACAUAUCUUUUGAUUAAGUGAGAAAAUUAGCUUAAUCUUUUUUGUGAUCUAGUUAUUAAUACAUAGCAAUGAAGGAUAAUGUCUUUGUUAACAUGAAUGCUGGAAAUUAAGUGUAUUUAAAGUACUUUUAACAUCAUCAUUGGCUGACUGUAAAAAUCAAGGUAACACUGUGGAUGACAUUUGAAAAUGGCUAUCCAAAGAAUGUUCUUAUUUGCACUAUUGUGAAAUAGCUAGAGAGAGAGAAUGUAUUAAAAAUACUGUUUAUAUUUGUGAAAGUAGCAACAUGCCAAAAUGCAUAGUUACUAAAGAAUUAGGGCAGUUAGAUUUUUAAAAAACCUAUAAUCUGUGAUAGUACAUAGCUGUCUAAAGUAUUUAAAUAUGUGUUUAGCAACUGAAGAGUAACUAAUAGAAGUCACAUAAGAUAUUGAACACUGCUAGCUUUUUAUUCAUUGCUGUUUUGUGACUAUUUGAAUACCUUACAGCCUAUGAUAAAUAUGGCACACCUGUUAAGCUAUUUUUUUAAGAGGAGGGUGAACUGAGAUGAAUGGAAGAAUGGCAUCUUGACACUUACUAAGGAGAUAUACUAAAAAGGUACAAUCCGGCAGGCAGUGCUGCUGUGCAACUGUCCUGUGGACUUGUCACUAAGCUCUUUUAUGAUGGACUUGAAAACAAAUAGAAGUGGAAUGCUGCCUUAUUUCCAUGUUAAGCCUUAUAGCAGAGAAUAACAGUGAGUGUGCACUACAUUCUAUAGUGUGCUUUCUGUAUCAUACAUUCUAAAAAGUGCCAGUUUGAGUUUUUGCAUUUAUUAUGGAAUGAUUUCUAAAGGGUUUACACCAGUAUUUUUGCUUAAAAUAUGCUGUGUAGUUUUCAAAGAACUUUUAUUUAAAGGAAGAUCAAGAUAUGUGGUGCUAGAUUAUAUAUUGUCCCAAAUGACUAUCCCUGCAGAUGACUAUAAAAGCUGGUUUGAUUAAAUUAAAAAAUAAAA